ACAGAAAAAUAAAUUCCUGGAAAAUGAAUGUCAAAUAUAACUGUGACUUCAUCGGGGAUAAAAGUGUUUGAAUUCAUAAGUUUCACACCGACAGCAGAAGGUGGCAACAGUAGUGAAGUGACAUCAAAUAAACACACAAUCAUGUUUAUUAAAGUAUUUUCACUCGUCAUAAUCCUGUUGAUUGUUUUGGAAAUUGAAUCUGAACCAGGUCAUGGAGGCGGUCAUGGAGGAGGGCAUGGAGGAUUUGGAGGUGGCCAUGGAGGAGGAUUUGGAGGAGGUCGAGGUGGAGGAUUCGGAGGAGGCCGUGGUGGAGGAUUUGGAGGUGGCCGAGGUGGAGGAUUUGGAGGAGGUCGUGGUGGAGGGUUUGGAGGAGGUCGUGGUGGAGGAUUUGGAGGAGGACGUAGAGGAUUCGGAGGAGGUUUUGGAAGAAUACCAGGUGGACUUGGAGGCGCAGUACCUUUUCUGUUCAAUCGUAGAAGAUUUUGAAGAGGAAGAGAUUGUGAUGUGGAUUAUUAUAUUUGUAUGAAUUGGUUAAAAUUAUAAAAGUGAAGCAUAA